AUUAUCACUAGCAUUCUCUUGCUGAAUCGGAACAUUCUGAGUAAUUAAAGAAUACAAGAUUGAAGAUUUCUAGACGUUAAGCGACAUUAUAUAAAAAUGUCUUCUAAGGAGUAUACAAUUGAAUGUCGAGACGAUAUUAUCCGUAUUCCUGAUGAAUCUGCAGGGUUGAAAUGUGCAAGAUCGUGGGGAAUAAAUAUUAAAGGAAUGGAUGUAAAGGAUGAGAUUAUUAAAGUGUUGUUGAUUGAAUGGGACAAGAAACAUCAACAUCCUGGUGGAGGCGGGGGAGGAAUAGUUUUGCAUCAAGACUUGCUAUACCACAGGGGAAAUACAGAGAAAUUAAUGAAACUAUACGACAAAGUUUUAAACUUUUAUAAAGAUCUGCCAGUCAACUUCCAACAAAACUUGAACAGCAUAUUUCCAGAUGUUGAAAAAACAUCAAAGUUCAAGCGUUCAGAGUUAUUAUCACCUGAAUGUUACAUUCUUGUUGCAGGUGAAGCAACAUCAGGAAAAAGUAGUCUUAUAAACUUAUUGCUGGAAGCUGAUAUUCUUCCUACAAGUGGUAUUAAAUGCACACAAACAGUCUGCGAAAUUCGAAAGAGCAAAGAUGGUCGAAAGAAGGCAAUCUGCUUUGGGGCGAAUGGCGGAAAGGAAGUAAAACUAGAUCUGAGUACAAAGGAUGGACAAGAAAAGUUAAAGAGUAACAUUACUUAUGAAGACAAUUUUGGUGACAAUCCUUUCGAUAAAAUUGAAAUAUAUUGGCCAACUGAAAUUAUUGAGGAAGGUCUUGUUAUAAUAGACACUCCUGGUUUUGGUGAAAUCCAGAUGCAUCAGUCUUUUCAAAAGUACCUUUCAAAGUCAUGUGGCUUCAUUUAUGUUGUAAAUACAUCAAAUGCAGGUGGCGUCCAGAGAGGGAGGCUGAAAGAUUUUCUGCGAAAUGUGGAAAAUACUUUAGACGAAGAAUUCAGCCCAUCUUCAACAUUGUUUGUAUGCAAUAAAUGGGAUGUCGUGCCAAUUAAGGACCGAGAAGAAAUAAAACGAAAUAUUUUGUACAAACUAGAGCCAAUUUUUCAGGGACUUCGAGAGGAACAAAUAUUCUACUUUUCAACUACAGAGGCAAAACGGGCAUUGGAAUACGGAGCCAUGGAUCCUGCUCAUAAAGAUUUUAUUUCGAAAGGAUUACAGAAUUUGUUUCCUGCAAGUUUACGACAACAACUCAAUUCACAUUACUGCUGGUUGUCUCAAAUAGUUAAAAGAGCCAAUUAUACCCUUAAAGUUUCAAAGACCAUAGACGCUGUUGACAAACAAGAAAUGACGAAACAGAUGGCAGAAAUCAAACGAAAUAUGCACGCUUUGGGGGAGAAAUCUAAACAAACCAUUGACGAUCUCAGAAGGGAACUACAGUAUGAGAUAAUGCAGUUGCACAAAACAACAAGUGAAGUUUUAAGGUCACCGAGCAUGCGAAGCAUAUUGAAUGACUGGAAACAGGAUGAAUGUCCACGGCCUGGUAAUUAUAAGAAGUUAGCAAAGGAAGCAGCUGACAAAAUUUCCAGUAAAGUUUCAGCAGAGCUUAAUAAAUGGGAAAAGGAGCAACGAGUUGUCCACUCACUCAAAGAGAAAAUGAUAAAGAAAUUCAAACGAGAUUGCGACCUUCUAGAGGACCAAAUUGAAGCUAUAGAAGGUACUUUUCUUGGAGAACAUGAUAAAAAGAUUGUUAGGGACCUCUACAAAUCAAUAAAGAAGCAAGCACCUGUCAAAAGUAUAUGGAAAAAAGCAAAGAGAGAUGAUGUAGAUGAGAUCAAAGGCUUAGGCGGAGCUGUAGCAGUCGUGUGUUCAGCAAUAGCAGGCAACAAACAAUUUAGAGAAAAAUUUAAAAGUUACAAAAAAGAAAAUAGUACAAAGAAAAUGGCUGAAGCAACAGACCUGUUUAUUAAAUCAAUUGUACAAGGAAACGAACUACAAGACAAAAUUUCCCACUAUCUUAAGAAACUGGUGAAAGGCGUGGAUGAGAUUGCCAAGAAAAUCCCUGAAUUUCUUAAAGCAGAUAGCCAGCUAUUAGAAAAACUGACACACAGUGUAAGAAAGGCAGACGAUAACUUGCAUACGAUGUAUCCACAGUUUAUUUCCUCAGGUCAGACUAUUCAGGGUGAAUUGGACUUGUUUUUCGUAUAUCACAUCAUGGACAUGGACUACAGAUUAAGUGACGUCGAAUGGGACAGAGAUGAUCUUUUAGGAAGUGGAGCGUUUGCAGACGUGUUCAAAGGUCAACUUAAACUACCUAACCAGAAUGAAAAUGUUGCACUGAAAUAUUGCAAAGAUCCAUUGUCGGAGAAGGUUAUAUCAGACAUUUUAUUAGAAGAUAGAACAUUAAGGGAACUACAGCAUCCGAAUAUUAUACAAUAUUAUGGAUGCACAUUACAACAGAGCGGUAAAACCAGGAGAAUGGUUCAUUGGAUUAUGAUAAUGGAAUACUGCGAUGACACACUGAAAAAUAAAUUUAUUAACCCAGACUACGAAAACCCUGGUAAAGUGGAGAUAUACUCUGUACAAUUAGAACAAAUGGAGGAGCUUGCAAGAUAUGCUGCCCAGAUAUGUGAAGGACUAGAGUUUCUCCAUAAGAAGAAAAUGGUUCAUCGUGAUAUGAAAUUAGAAAACAUUUUGACGGUGAAAAAAGAUGGACAUGACGUAGUCAAACUUACCGAUGUAGGGUUGACAAAGAGGGAGGAUCACAUUGGUGGAUCAAUUCUAGGUUCACCUGUGUAUAUGGCACCGGAAGUACUGGUUCCGAAAGGAAUUUAUGACAGAAGAGCAGAUAUUUAUGCACUCGGAAUAAUGCUUUGGGAGAUGUGGUAUGGCAUCGAUGCAGCAGAUCAUAUACAACAACAACUGUAUACCUCCCUGGAAAGGGCGGUAGUGGACGAAGGACUGCGACCAUCGUUAUCAUUGAAAUAUAAACCAGAUGAAAAUUGGCAAAAUCUAAUAAAAGCAUGCUGGGCUAAAGAUCAAAAUCUGAGACCCGAAGCUACAGAUAUAAAAAUAUUUUUUGAAAAAUUUCUACGACAUUAGUACAAGGAUAUAAAAAUUGCAAUUUGUUCUGAAUUAUUUUUUGUUUGCGGAGGUAGUGACUAUGGCAUGUGGUUUGCUAUAGCUUAAGGGAAAACACUAUUGACGAGCUGAUACAGUACAUAACUCAAUAUAAAGGGGCAUAGACACUUUUGAUAAAAUAAAUAGUAAAACACUUUGAAAUGCAUAAUAUGUAGAUUUGAAAUUAAUAAAAGUGAACAAUA